AUGUUGGUCUUAGAUCGAGAAAACAAGGAACAAAUUUUGAUUUGCAUCAAGAAUGAUGGCGUAUACCAAUGGACAACCCCAGGAGGUUUGUAUUAUGAAAACAUAUGCAUAUAUAUGUAAAUACAAAUACACACCCAAACCACAAAAGAUGUCUAUAUACAUACGUUAAUUUAAAGUAAACCAAUAUCUAUACAAAAAUAAUUUACAGUGCUCUAUUGCAGAGUUGCAAAAAAGUGUGAAUAUACCACCUGUGAGAGCGGUUUACCAUAUGCAUGAGGUCAGUAAAGAAUUUUUAACGUAGAGCACACCACUCAUAACACCAUAAGAUAAAUAAAUGAUGUUGCAUUGCUGGCAAUACAUCUGCUAGAAGUCGCCAGCCUGUACUGUUUGUCCGCGGUGAGUAUAUAUUAUGCAAACAACCAGCUCAUCAAUGAUACUAGUCAGUGGGAAAUAAGAAUGAGAAGUCGUAACUGCAUGUAAAUAGCAAUGCAAGCAACCUAUCAUAUCAACCUUUGCAAAUCUUGCUUGCAAACAUAAAUAUAUUUCUUGAUAAUUCAGUAAGUUUGUAAGCUAGAUUUACGACCAGUAACGAUUAUUCUCAAUCUCAAGCUUUAUUAUACUCACGAUGCACAGAAAGCGGAAAAUCUCAUACGAAAGUGAAUACGAAAGCACGGCAAUAUAUGUAGACCAUUGUAAGUCAUUUGAAUUUUUUUCAAUGCCGUCUCUAAAAACUGAUUUAUUUCUUAACUAAGAAAAAACUACACGAUUAAUAGUAUACGGCAACAAAAACGAUAAUAAAGGGUUAUUAACCGAGAGCGAGGUCUGUACGGGAAAGUAUUUGCCUGAGGUUUUCGUACAGACCGAACAACGAAAGAACGAGGUCUGUGCGGAUAAACCGAACACGGAUACGGAAAAAUAACGGAUACGGGAAAAGACGGAAACCGGAUACGGGAAAAUACGGACCACGGUCCUGAUACGCAUUUUUACGGACCACACGUCGACCAAUCAGAAUCCAGGAUUCUGCAAAGCCAUAUAAUAAUGAAAGAAAUAAUGUCCCAAAAUUUUUUAUUUUUACCUUCUCUCCCCCAGGCAACCCUUCCCCGCGGCCCGCUUACCGUCGCUGAGGUUUCUGAGAAAAAUUAAUUACGAAUAUAUAAAUGUUUUGGCAAAAUAUCAUGCACUUAUACCCCAUCCCCGGCAAAAUAUCAUGCACUUAUACCCCACCCCCGCAUUAAAAUAGGGCUAGCGUCGCCCCUGUUGAUUAGGCUGUUUGUUUACAUUGUGAUUUUACUCUAACAGUUCCAAUACAAACCCGGCAGACGGUCUUUCCCGCCUGAUCAUCCGGCACGCAAGUGGUGUUUCCCCCAUGAAGCUCGAUCGCAAAAGGGCGCGAAAAAUUAAUGUCUUACCAAACGUCUGCAGAAUUAAAAAAUGGGGUUGCUACAAGCGUGUAUUUCUAGUGCAAAUUAAAACUUCUUACCGUGUAACUUUGCUUUCCAGUUAUCCAGUAUUACUCAACUUUGCAUUGCGUCCAUGCAAUUACAUAAAUAUAUAGCCUAGUCUUAUAUACAUGCCCUAAUGCAUGUCUCCUAAAAUUCCCCAAAUUUCUAUUGCUGAUUGAAUCAAUUCUAACAGAGUCAUGUUCUGAACCAAAAGAAAUUCAUAUAUCAGCAUUUUGCCCUAUAAGGAUGCAUGGUCUUAGUUACCGAUCUGUGUCAGCUGAGCAUAACCUAUUAUAUAUUAAUAUUUGAGCCAAAUAUGGUGACAAUUGCUUUAGGGAUUUGUCAUAAAGUAACUGCUAGGGUGGGCUGGAGGUAAAUCACAAAUUUUGCCAAUAAGUUCGGUGACCCAUCUUAGGAUGUAGAUAAAAAUUUCAAAGGGGUUAACGUCCCCCCUCAAUACCCCCUUCGCUACGACCCUGCGAAAUUAGUAAGGUUUUUGCAUAUUUUGGUAUACUAUAUAGACACAUGUAUAAUUAAGACAUAAUGCGGUAACUGACAAAUUUGUAUUAAAAUUACAGGAGAUGACUCAGUUGGUGAACUUUUUAGCCCUGGUUUCGAUUGUUCAAAAAUAUUGGACAGUAAUCCUGAGGCAAAGGAUGGAAUGUAUUGGAUACACCUGGGAGGCUAUUACCCUAAACAA